AUAGGGGCAAGGGGGGCUUGACUGACUUCAAACUUCCUGCUUGGAUCCUGGUGGACUGGCCAGACGCCGCGACAGCAACCAUUGGGAAAGCAGCAAGUAUCAUCCUGGAUGUUUGCAUGUUCAUUGCUUGGUCGCUCACCAUGUUCCUCCCAUAAAAGAACAAUACAAGCUUCAUAUAGCUAGCUACGACAUACUAGUACGAACACAAUCAAAAUGAGCCAAUUGGACUUGGUUCGUACUCGACCAGCCUUUGAAAAGCUGGCGAUAGGACCUCUCAUGAUAUUUGGAGAAAUGGUCACAGGAGGCCACUAUCUGGAAAUACUAAAAUAUGCCAAGCAAAUGCACGUGGGUCAUCAGGAAACUCCUUCCUAUUGGAUUCUCCACCGAAACUUCCUACAAGAGUCUGGUGGCAAAUACUGGGCGACAUUUUACCGAGGAUUUGCUCCUUGGGGAUUGAUUGAAUGCUACAAGGGAAUUCCGGUCCUCUUUAUCCAGCACGAAGCCAUGUAUCAACUGCAAGCCAAGACGAGCUUGUCUCACAAAACGUCGGAACGCAUCUCGGGUGUCCUGGGUGGUGCCGCACAAGCCUUGUUUGUGUGUCCCUUGAUUAAACUGAAAGUCACCGUGGUGGCCGAUGCCAAGGCCAAUGCCAUGACACCCACCGCAGCCAUGCGGCGUCUCAUUGCCACCAAUGGAGUGGCCUCCUUGAUGGAUGGCAUUGUCCCCAUGGUACUUCGAAGAAGUCUCGAUUGGGGCAUUCGAUUUGCCGUGGCGGGGGAAGUCAAGGAUCGCAUCCAAGCGCGGAGACAAGCAAAGGGGCUGACACCCAAGCUCGAGUUUCACGAACUGCUCGUGUGUGGACUCAUUGGGGGCGCUGCUUCGGCGGUCACACAUCCCAUUGACAAUGUCAUUACCAAUUCGCAAAAGCCUCUUCCGUACCCCGGUGCCAAGCGAGAUUUCUGGUCCGUCAUAAAAAGAAUGUAUCGGGAGUCCGGUAUGAAUGGCUUUACACGAGCCUGGGGAAUCAAAAUUGUGGAUAAUGCCUACCACUUGGCGUGGAUGUAUGGUGUUGGCACUGUGGCGUACGACUACAUGGCCCGGGCCAUUCACAAUCGUCAAUCUUAGCUUGCUAGCGCAAGGAAGGACGAGGGAAAGGAACAUCGGGAAUUGAAGAACAGUGCCAACAAAACCCAAGGGUUCACUGCUAUUUAAUGGAGGACCAAACCACAGGAUGAGACUACCUGACUACCUCCACCACACAACAAACCGGAAGGAAGGACGUGCAAGAAAGACGGGAGAGAAAACAAAGGAAGUGGCAACAAACCAAACCAGGGGCGACUGACACGGAAGAGAGGAUGAACCACAGAAUUCUCCACACACUGCACAAGCAACAAAACGGAUGGAGGGGGGGGGGGAGGAAGGUCAAAAGUGCUGGAGAUG